AUGAGAAGCUGCGAAUGCGAAGAUGUGCGUGAUAUGGCCGGACUGAAGAGGUUCCUGGAGGAGCGCGUUGUCGCACAGGCAUUAUCGGAUUUAUGGGUGUGUAUCCAAGCUUUCACAGGUUAUGCGAUGCUGUUGGAUAUCACACGCCUGCAGAAGAGUGGAGUGCUGAAUUUGAGCAUCAGUUUCCGAUGGUCCUUCAAGUUACCGAAUUUCACAGCACCCCAUGGAAUUCAGCCUUGA